UUUGCCAACGCUCACAGUCGUCGUUCGCAGCUGCGCGUUGUUGGACGUCUACCAAGAGCCGAGAUCCAUAAAAUACAUAAUUAUUGCUUUAGUUGGAGUUUCGUGGCGUGUCGUUAAUUGUUUAUUUCUUUGCUUUAAUAACAACAUUAGCAAGCACAUCAAUAUGCUGAGAUAUUUGUGCAUUGUAGCAGCAGUUGCUCCGCUCUUGAUCGCUUUCUCACAGGCCGAAACGCCCGCGUACAUCAAACAAUGCCGUCGCGACGAUCCCAAGCUCGUCGACUGUAUCAGCGCUGGACUGGAGCACCUGAGGCCCUACCUGGCCAGCGGCAUACCAGAGAUCGAGCUGCCUUCCGUGGAGCCCUUCAAGAUGGAUUCGCUGGCGCUGCAGCUGACCGAGGGACCGCAAGGCUAUAAGAUUACGCUGAAGAACAUGGAAGCCUUUGGCGCCAGUAACUUUCAGGUUAAGUCGUUGAAGCUAGGCGAGAAUGGCGGUGAGCCGUUCAAGGCGCGCAUUUUCAUGCCCAACCUGAAGAUCGAGGCUAAGUACACCAGCUCCGGCGUACUGCUGAUCAUACCUGCCUCUGGCGGUGGCGAAUUCCAUGCCACAUUCGAUGGCGUCAAUGCCGAACUGACCGGCAAGACGUCGCUGCGCGGCAAGUUCCUGCACGUGGAUUCGCUGAGCCUAGUCUUGGAUGUGGAUAAGGUCAACAUGAGCAUCUCGCGCGCCUUCAAUAACAAUCGCGUCUUGUUGGAGGCCACCAAUCUCUUCCUGCGCGACAAUUCGCAAAUUGUGCUGGAGGCCAUGCAGGCGCAACUCCAAAAGAAGUUGGCCACCGAAUUCGGAAAGUUGGCCAAUCAGCUGCUUAAGAACGUUCCUGUCGAUCAGUUUUACGUGAACUAGACUACCUAGCCUAAGGACUCUAGCUAUUAGUUUGCUUUUUAUUUAAUUGUAAAAUACUCGCUAUCGCUAUGGACAAAGUAUUAAACAAUAUCCUUGCAUUCUAUGAGGUGUAAAGACAGACAACUAUAA